UUAGGAUUUAUGAUUUAUCAGGCUUGACUUGGGAUUUGAACCAAGACUUGUGAAUUACAAAACACUGACGUGUUUUAUAUAACUUGCUUUCUUUGUGUUGUAAAUGACCGAAUAAAUACAUUUAUGUCAGAUAAACAGCGAUGCACAACACUGAAGGAAAUCUCGAGUGUUGAAGAACAUUCGUGAAGUAUCGCGAGACUUUACACGCUUCCUUAGUUAGCACCCUGCACGUAGCUAGCAAAUUAGCUGGCUAGUUAACUAAAUCGCUAAGCCUAGCUGUUUUCUUAGCUUAUUUAGCGACUGUAUUUGCCUGGUAACUAACGGAUUUUGUCUCACGGGGAGAUUAAUGUUAUUUAACUAUUAUUUAUUUCAUUUAAAGGUGUUGUCAACUCCCACAAGAGCUAACGUUUAUGUGUCUUACGACGACCGCUAACUCGUCGGUAGCAGUCUUUAGAAGUGCGCGCGAUUCAUUGAGUUUCCAGAGAAACGUUAGCUUGUUGAUUUAAUUUAAUAUAUUCUUUUUAAGGGGUUGUUCGUUAAAAAUCUUUCGGGUUUAUGUGAGCUUUACAUGGCUAGUACCAGUGUGUCACUUGGCGAAGGAAAUGCUUUUGUAGCAAGUUUGACAGAAGCGUUAAAGGAAGCGAACACGGUUGUGUGUGCGUGUUAGCUACCUGACGCGCUGGUGUUUAUUCAGAAUAGCUGUAGAUAUAGCUUUCUGUCGUGUGUUUAUAUUUAUAUUUACUCUUACUGCGUUUACUGUUUAGCUAGAAGUUUGCUUUGGGGUGCAGACAGGACAGUUAGCUAGCUAGCACACGACUGAAGAGCCAGGCGUCUUCCUGGAGCACCUGUUAGCUCGACCUGCUGCUGAGCUGAUCCUCACAGAUAAACUCAGAUUUCGGCUCUCUUUAGCGUUGAAACAACGUGAACUUGCGGUAUAAUGUGGAUCUAGUGGUGAUGCUUGUAAGGAUUGAGAAAGAUUGUCAAGUUGAACAUGGCUCCCAAAAAAAGACCAGUCCCUUUAAUCAUAGGAGGCAGCGGAGAAGCUCAGAGCACAGCUUCAAAUCUAGGGGCUGCUUCAGAAGCCUAUCUUGAGACCCUGCAGAAGAAACUAGGGGAGCUGGACUUGGACGAGCAGCAGAAGAAACGCUUGGAGGCUUUCCUCACGCAGAAAGCUAAAGUAGGAGAGCUGAAGGACGAUGACUUUCAGCGUAUCUGUGAGCUGGGAGCAGGAAACGGUGGCGUGGUUAAUAAAGUCUGCCAUAAGCCGUCACGAUUGAUCAUGGCCAGAAAGCUCAUUCAUCUUGAGAUCAAACCAGCAAUCAGGAACCAGAUCAUUAGAGAAUUGCAAGUCCUGCAUGAAUGCAACUCUCCCUACAUAGUGGGCUUUUACGGUGCUUUCUACAGCGAUGGAGAGAUCAGUAUCUGCAUGGAGCACAUGGAUGGAGGUUCUCUGGAUCAAGUACUAAAAGAGGCUCGGAGAAUUCCAGAAGAAAUCCUGGGGAAAGUCAGCAUAGCUGUGUUAAGAGGUCUUGCCUACCUUCGAGAAAAACAUCAGAUCAUGCACCGAGAUGUCAAGCCAUCAAACAUACUGGUGAACUCAAGAGGGGAGAUCAAGUUGUGUGAUUUUGGAGUGAGCGGUCAGCUCAUCGACUCCAUGGCCAAUUCUUUCGUAGGCACAAGGUCGUAUAUGUCUCCCGAGAGACUGCAGGGGACUCAUUAUUCGGUGCAGUCAGAUGUGUGGAGCAUGGGACUGUCUCUGGUGGAGCUCUCCAUCGGGCGCUACCCCAUCCCUCCCCCUGAUGCCAAGGAACUUGAGGCCAUUUUUGGCCGACCUGUAGCGGAGGGAGAAACACAGACCACCUCCCCACGUCCCAGGCCUCCAGGAAGGCCAGUCAGUGGACAUGGCCCUGUCAUGGCUAUAUUUGAGCUGCUGGACUACAUAGUCAAUGAGCCUCCACCUAAACUGCCUCAUGGAGUUUUCACUGCAGAUUUCCAGGACUUUGUGACCAAAUGUCUAAUCAAAAAUCCUGCAGACCGGGCAGACCUGAAGAUGCUGAUGAACCACACGUUUAUUAAACGCUCCGAAGUGGAAGAAAUCGACUUUGCAGGCUGGUUGUGUAAAACCAUGGGGCUCAACCAACCCAGCACACCCACCCGGACGACUGAAUAACUGAACAAAAAAAUGCUCUGUUUUGUCUCUUUUUUUUUUUCUUAAAGAAAUGUUCCAGCAUGUUUUAACCUAAUAUCUCUCUACUAGAUCUGCAGCAUAUGAUUACCACAGACAAGAAAUAGAAAUUAAACAUGUUUCCCAAUACAGAGAAACAAACAGAAAGAAGAAUCCAGCCUGAUCUGCUUGAAUAUUACAUUUUUAUAAUUAGCAUGUGGUCUUCAGUGAUGUCCUUAGUAAACAUGUUUUGUUUUUGGUUUUUGUUUUUCUACUUUGGUUAAUGCCAGUGGGAUCUAGCUCUUGCUUCAUCUGUAAUGCUGAUACCACCAUCGUUGUCAUCGCAAACAUCGUCUCAUAGAUCACUAACCAGCCGAGCCAAGUCUCCAUCGUAACGCCACAUCGUAUAGCUGCAUUGCAUUCUGGAGUUUCGAGUCCAAUGUUUGCUGUCUCCACUACAUCUACAUUAGAUUUCUCAUUAACAGUGGGAUGAAUUUGUGGUUAUGUUACCAACCUGCUCAGCACAAGUGUAAAAGACUUUUAAUUCUUAGAAAGUGGGAUGAUACUACAUAAGAAUAGUUUUAAUAAGACCUUAAUGACUCAACCCAAGACCUUUUAUUGCUAGAGUGUGAUGGUUGUCGUGUUGAACUUGAAUUAUAUAGACACUGUUUAAAUUUUCGUCUCAUUAUAUAUGAGUUUCAGGUCAACAGAUUCUCUGUUCUCUUUUUAAAGUGCUGAAAUUCUCAUGUGUUGUAAUGGCACUUGCUGUACAGAUAUUGGGGGGUAGUGAUUAGGUUACAAUUGCUGGAAUUUUUCUUUAAACACCCAAAUUUUUGCACACAGGACCUGUUUCCAGAGCAGUCUGUGUACAUGCCAUCGUCCAGGAUGCUCAUGCUGCCCGGCUGAAAGUUGGCCGAGUUUUAUCCGGUAUUUUUAAAUCGAGCAACAGAAAAUUUAAAAAAAAAAAAAAACAUUUCAAGUAUAUGUUCACAUCCACAUAUAUGCAUGCAUGCAGGCACACAUCAGUUAAAGGCGUCUCAGGUGAAUCUUAUAUUAAGUAAAUAAUUGUAUAGAUAUGUCUUUAUCUGGACCUAGAUCACAUGCUACAGUUAAUAUAUAAAGUAUAUGGACAAAAUGUUCACCUCAAGCACUGUUUGAUCAGACAUGAUGAUUUCAGACCUGUUGACGUGAAAGAGAAAUGAUGUAUUUGGCUUAAUGCCUUUGUCUCAAUAAAACUCUUGUGAAUGUA